AUGCCCGGAGGAGAACCUGCUCGUUAUUAUGCUGUUGCCAGAGGAAGACGUACAGGUAUUUUUGAAACAUGGAAAGAGGUCCAGCCUUUAUUGUUUCGGUACAAAGGUGGGAUCGUCAAAAGAUUUGAUGACUUUGAAAGUGCAUCUGAGUUCUACCAUAAUAAAAAGGAUUAUUUUGCUGACACAUACUUGGUUGGGUCAAUAAACACCUCCAAAAAACACGAUGAACCUACGAUCCAGGGUAUUUACAUAGAUGGAGCCUGUAGAGGUAAUGGGAAAUACUUGUCACCACCAGCCGGUUAUGGAAUCUAUUUUGGUGACAAUGAUGUCAGAAAUGCUGCGAUACCCAUGAAAAAUCAACUUGUGACAAAUACUAACCAAAGAGCUGAAAUUUCUGCUGCUCUUUAUACCCUUGAAUAUAUUCAAAGAGAGUUAAAGAAUAUACUCAAGCAUGGAGAUAACACCAAGUAUAGAAUUAAUACCGAUUCCAAAUACGUUAUACUUUCAAUUACUGAGUAUGCGAAGAAGUGGGAGUUGAGAGGAUGGACUAGAAACAAAGAUAAUACAGUAGUGGCGAAUUCUGAUUUGAUUCAAAAAUGUAGAGAAAUUUAUUUAAAAAUUUGCGACAUAUACACACAUAGAGGUUGGCUGGAUUUGGAAUUCGUGCACGUCAAGGGCCAUGGUUCUAACAAGGGGAACAUUGAAGCAGACAAACUAGCCAAUCAAGCCGUCGACUACGCAGAAGCCCGGGGAUGGCAAAAUAAGGGCACUCGAGUUGCCAAGGACAUAGAUUCAGACUAA